AUGGCUAUCAAUGACGGUGGAAAUGACAGUGAACUUCCUGGCGAUAUGGCUGCACCCAUUACCGCCGCGGAACAAUUCACUCAGUUUCGCGAACCGCUUCCUGAAGCUUCUGGAUCGACUAUUGGUGAACCCUCUCGUCCUGCUAGUCCUGUAAUUCAGGAAGCUACUGCAAGACCACCUCCGCCCCCUCCGCCGACAAUACCUUCGCGGGAUCCUGUACCACCAACUCAUUACUAUGCUGUUCCGCCGCCUCGACCAAUAUAUCAAAUGAUAUACAGCGCGAUGCCAGCCCCAGGAUCCCAGGGGGCCCCUGCUUUCAAUGAAACCAAUGCAUCUGAUUUCCUGAGAAAGCUAGAGGAUACCUGUCGUUGCAGUGGUAUUGUCCGUCAUAAGGAAAUUAUAGAUCUCCUCCCCCAAUACUGCGAAAGACCGCCGCGUGUCUGGGUUGAAGGUCAUUAUGCCUGGAAAACGAGGAAUUGGCGCAUGUUUCGUGAGGCCUUCUUGGACAAUUACCAUGACUGGGAUGAUGAGCAGUUGAGGUAUACCAAGGAAUAUCUCGACCAGCUUGUUGCCAUUGAACGUUCGACAAAUGAUGAGAUUCGUCAUUAUCUGAGCGAGUUUCAUGAAGUAUCCACGGAAAUAUCGUUGCUAGGUCUUCUGAGUGAUAUUGACCGAGCAAGCACGCUUAUCAAGGGUCUUCCAAUAAAAUGGCAGAAAAGGAUUCAUAAGCGACAUGCAGAGAGGUCUCGUUCUCGCCGUGAUCAGAUCUCCUACCAGACGGCCUAUGAACAGGUGCAAGCAACCCUGCGCGUUGAGGCUGAAGUUCAGCGAAAGACCGAGAUAAAAGAACCUGCAAGGAAAUCGUCUCCUUCUCCCCAUGUAUCUUCGUCACUGCAGCAGCAGUCUGUUUCUUCUGUUCCUCUCGUACCUGCUAUCCCGGUUGUUCUACCCAAGGAUCGACAAGCUGAUGACUCUACCUCGCGAGCAAUUGACGAUGUAGCCCGGAAACUGGAAGCUCUUGCGCUGAAACUGGAUGCUAGGUCUGAUCGCCGGAAUAACCCUUUUUAUGAACAAAACCGAGGUAUACCGUCGAAUGGCAUGGGGGUCGGUCCUCCUAGGGAAUGCUGGACAUGUGGAGGUCCACACAACAGCACCCCCGAUCAAUGUGAUUCUAUCCGGGACUUCGAGGCAAAGGGAAUGAUCCACCGGAAUGAGAUAACUGGUCGAACGACUCUAGGAACCAAGGUAAAUCCGGGCCCGGAACUGAGACUGCGAAUAGGGGUUCUGAGGAAAGACUUGAUUCCUGAACAAUAUGCUGCAUGGGCAAACCAAAACCUACAGCAAUCUGCAAGCAAUCAUGUCCAAUCGAUACCCUCUGCUCCAGUACAGUUCCUAGGCGCGUCUCUCAAUGGUAUCUCUGGUCAUGACUAUUAUUCUGCUCCGGUUCGAUAUGUUGCUGCGUCCCUUCUUGGAUCUGAGCCUGCAUGGGAAAAACUGUCAGAGGAUGAGGAAGAAUAUGGAGAGGAAUAUUGGACAGGUCCAGUUAAUGCUAUCGGAGGACAGGUCCAGGAUGGUCGUGUGAGAAAGGGAAAACAGCGCGCGUCUGAAUACGCGCGUACCAGGAAUGCUCAGCAAGGCCGUUUUCAACCGCGUAUUGAGGAGGCUAAUGAGGAUGAACCAAUGCUUGUACCAGAUGACACCCAGGGAACUUCUCAGGAACAAACGCUGCAAGGUUUUCCGGCAGGAAACCUAUCUCCGAAUGAUAUUCCGCGUCGGGUCAGAGGACCGCAGGAUCCUGCUGUGGCUGAGAAAAGGUCCAUGAUUACCGACCUGAUACUGCGGAAGGUUUGGGAAACUAGCGUUACGAUCUCUAUUAGUGAACUCCUUGGCGCUGCUCCUCGUAUUCGAGCUGGUGUCGGAAAAGAUAUCAGCACAGAUGCUAUAAGUCAGAAGCUUACCGAGGUCAUCAACCAAGUGCCCAUUAAUGCUACUGCUGCAGAUCUAUCUCAAUGCGUCGAUGCCCAGGUUCAGGAAUUGCAGAAGAGAGCUCGUUCCCAUUUUAUGUCGUCAGGUCCUAAUUAUGAUGCUUCAGUUCCUCCGGUUGUUAGUUCUUCAGUCAAUUUCCAAACUGCGCAGGUUAUCGAGGCCCCUAUAAAGUCACACCAGGAAUAUACGCGAGGGUUUAUGUAUGCAACGGCGGUUGUCGGCGACCAGAUUAUCAAGGCAUUGAUCGAUACAGGAAGUGCGGUCAACAUUAUCCAUCGAAAGGUGGUUAAGCGUAUGAGCGCGUUGCCCGAGAUGAGACUCAAGCCUCAUCUUCAGCUCACCCCAGUGGACGGAGGUCGUGGAAUCAGUGUUGCAGCAUGUCUUGAACACUUGCCUAUCACCAUUAGCGGCGUUACGGUCAAUUCCCAUACUAUGGUGACGGAUAAUACCACGAAUGAGUUGCUUCUUGGCAGAUUGUGGGCAAGCAACGCAGGGUUGCGGACUGAGGAAAUGACAGAUGGCCGAGUCAUGUGCACCAUUUUUAAUGAAGGCCGUAAGCGAUACACUUCAUUCAUUGCUUAUCGUCCCAGUGAUGGCGGAUCUAUCUUCGAGAAUCAACUGUGGCCCCAGGACUCCGCUUCUUUAAACGACGAGCAGGGUAUGUAG